AUGAGCUCCGAGCAGUUGGUAUACGAUGUGGAGAAAGGCAGCAACGUGAUUGUGGUGCAUGACCCACCACGAAAAGAUAGCCACUGGAAGUGCUUGAGCAUCUGUUCUUUCCUGCUCCUCAUUGGGGCCGUCAUAGUUUUCACUCUGCUGCAGUUUGGAGCGUUUGGGUCCUCCGCAAACCAGGACUCUAAGGGAAACAGAAACCCCUUCCCUGAAGGAAUGCCCCAGACGUUGAGAGUGCAAGCCGCUGCCUCUGGGAAACCUGCUAUCCACGCCAUUGCAUCCAGAACUCACCAUAACAACCUCGUCUGGACUACCAGGUUGAUACCCGCCAUGACGAAUGGCAUGGAACUCAGCGAGAAGGACAACGCACUCGUGGUGCCUUCCAGCGGGCUCUAUUUUGUCUAUUCUCAGCUCUUGUUCCAUGGAAGUAGCUGCCAAGAACAUGUCGAAGAGUCCUUGCUGCUCACCCACACCAUCUACAGUAUGUCCAAAGUGUUCAACGGAGGCAGGGUAGAAUUGAUGAAGACCGUCAAAUCCGUCUGCGAGAGUGAAGGACACAACAAGCUGUGGUUUGAAUCCAUCUACCAAGGGGGUGUUUUCCGGCUGCAAGAAGGGGACAAGCUGUUGUCAGACACACAAUCGGUCAGAUACUUGAACUGGGAUCGAGAGGGACAGGUGUAUUUUGGGGCCAUAGCACUGGAUUAAAAGGCCGUCUCGAGUCAUGCUCAACCCAAGCCAUGUUCCUCUGACUCUGUUCCCACCAUUCAAAAUGUGAGCCAUCUCUGUACCCAGCCCCACCCAUUUCCUCAGCAGGUAACAGUUCCCUGAGGCUGUGGAGAAACAUCUCAGCACUCCUCGCUGAUAGAAUAACCGACAAAAAUGAGGAAGAAAUCCCUUUCUAAGCUUGAAAAUGCUCACGUGGCAACUGAAGAGACAGAACUGUAUGAGGUUAUGG